UCCAAUGGUUAUUUGCUUUACAAGAUAAAGUGUGAUAAAGAUAGCCAAGUUGAUCUUAUACUCGUUAUCUUCACUCAACUCUUGAGCUUUUAAACUGUGUGGCUAUACAAGGUAAAGAGAUACAGUAUACAAUACACUGUAAAACAAUAAAUAUGUCCGUAAAGGUAGAAACAGUAAUAGAGCGUAGCUGCUUGACAAUUGGUGAAGGACCACACUGGGAUGAAAGAACUCAAACCUUGCUAUACGUUGAUAUCAACGAUGGUUCCGUGCACCGAUGGUCACCUGAGACAGGAAAGGAUGAUAAGCACAAAUUUGAUACUUUUUGUACCCUAGUUGUACCACGUAAAAAAGGCGGCUAUGUAGUCUCAGUGGGGCAAUCGAUUUGUCAUUUUGACUGGGAUACAAAAGAAUUAAAAACUCUCGCAACGGUUGAUGAGGGAAAAGAUACCAGAAUUAAUGACGGAAAAUGUGAUGCCUCUGGACGAUUGUGGUUUGGAACAAUGGGUUUAGAGAAAACUCCUGCUGUAGUUGAAAAGCAUCAGGGGUCACUUUUCAGUCUUGAAGUCGAUGGCUCAGUUAAGAAACACAAAGAAGGGGUCACAAUUUCUAACGGUCUGGCAUGGACGGCUGACAACAAAACCAUGUAUUAUAUAGAUUCAAUUCCACGAAAAGUAUUUGGUUAUGACUUUGAUAUAACAACAGGGACAAUGAGCAAUGAACGUGUUGUAGUUGACCUUGGUGGCGAGGAAACUAUGAAGACCCAUGGAUACCCUGAUGGUAUGACAAUUGACACAGAGGGAAAGUUAUGGGUUGCUUGUUUUUUCGCAGCAAAGAUUUUUCGAUUUGAUCCAGAAACAGGGAAAGAAAUCGGUGCAAUAAAUGUUCCAGCUAAAAGAACAACGUCAUGUUGUUUUGGCGGGAAGAACUUUGAUGAGAUGUAUAUAACAUGUUCUAUGUAUGGUGUAACAGGAGAUGAGUUGAAGGAAACGCCAUUAGCAGGCUCGGUAUUUCGUGCAACUGGUCACGGUGCCAAAGGAACGCCUGCACCUGUUUAUGAAGGAUGACUUUGAAAGUAAUUAAACGAAAUCAUCAGAUAUCAUGUAUUUAGGACAAUGCACAUUCACUUCAGAUAUAGAGUGUAUCUUCAAUUUUAUGAUGUGAAUAAAAAACCAAUAAUAAUCAUAAUCAUUUAAAAUUGUUUCAGAUUUCUUUUAUUUCUUUUUAGUUGCGUCAAUCUUUCAAGUAAGUGUAAAUAGAUGUCUAAAUUAUAUUCAUAUCAAGAACUUUACGUCAG